CCUGAUGGAAGAGUCAGUCUAGAGCCCUGAUGGAAGAGUCAGUCUAGAGCCGUAAUGGAAGAGUCAGUCUAGAGCCCUGAUGGAAGAGUCAGUCUAGAGCCCUGAUGGAAGAGUCAGUCUAGAGCCCUGAUGGAAGAGUCAGUCUAGAGCCGUAAUGGAAGAGUCAGUCUAGAGCCCUGAUGGAAGAGUCAGUCUAGAGCCCUGAUGGAAGAGUCAGUCUAGAGCCCUGAUGGAAGAGUCAGUCUAGAGCCCUGAUGGAAGAGUCAGUCUAGAGCCCUGAUGGAAGAGUCAGUCUAGAGCCCUGAUGGAAGAGUCAGUCUAGAGCCCUGAUGGAAGAGUCAGUCUAGAGCCCUAUGGAAGAGUCAGUCUAGAGCCCUGAUGGAAGAGUCAGUCUAGAGCCCUGAUGGAAGAGUCAGUCUAGAGCCCUGAUGGAAGAGUCAGUCUAGAGCCCUAAUGGAAGAGUCAGUCUAGAGCCGUAAUGGAAGAGUCAGUCUAGAGCCCUAAUGGAAGAGUCAGUCUAGAGCCCUGAUGGAAGAGUCAGUCUAGAGCCCUGAUGGAAGAGUCAGUCUAGAGCCCUGAUGGAAGAGUCAGUCUAGAGCCCUGAUGGAAGAGUCAGUCUAGAGCCCUAAUGGAAGAGUCAGUCUAGAGCUGUAAUGGAAGAGUCAGUCUAGAGCCCUAAUGGAAGAGUCAGUCUAGAGCCCUAAUGGAAGAGUCAGUCUAGAGCCCUAAUGGAAGAGUCAGUCUAGAGCCCUAAUGGAAGAGUCAGUCUAGAGCCCUGAUGGAAGAGUCAGUCUAGAGCCCUGAUGGAAGAGUCAGUCUAGAGCCCUGAUGGAAGAGUCAGUCUAGAGCCCUGAUGGAAGAGUCAGUCUAGAGCCCUGAUGGAAGAGUCCGUCUAGAGCCCUGAUGGAAGAGUCCGUCUAGAGCCCUGAUGGAAGAGUCAGUCUAGAGCCCUGAUGGAAGAGUCAGUCUAGAGCCCUGAUGGAAGAGUCAGUCUAGAGCCCUGAUGGAAGAGUCAGUCUAGAGCCCUGAUGGAAGAGUCAGUCUAGAGCCCUAAUGGAAGAGUCAGUCUAGAGCCCUGAUGGAAGAGUCAGUCUAGAGCCCUGAUGGAAGAGUCAGUCUAGAGCCCUGAUGGAAGAGUCAGUCUAGAGCCCUGAUGGAAGAGUCAGUCUAGAGCCCUAAUGGAAGAGUCAGUCUAGAGCCCUAAUGGAAGAGUCAGUCUAGAGCCCUGAUGGAAGAGUCAGUCUAGAGCCCUAAUGGAAGAGUCAGUCUAGAGCCCUGAUGGAAGAGUCAGUCUAGAGCCCUGAUGGAAGAGUCAGUCUAGAGCCCUGAUGGAAGAGUCAGUCUAGAGCCCUGAUGGAAGAGUCAGUCUAGAGCCCUGAUGGAAGAGUCAGUCUAGAGCCCUGAUGGAAGAGUCAGUCUAGAGCCCUAAUGGAAGAGUCAGUCUAGAGCCCUGAUGGAAGAGUCAGUCUAGAGCCCUAAUGGAAGAGUCAGUCUAGAGCCCUGAUGGAAGAGUCAGUCUAGAGCCCUGAUGGAAGAGUCAGUCUAGAGCCCUAAUGGAAGAGUCAGUCUAGAGCCCUGAUGGAAGAGUCAGUCUAGAGCCCUGAUGGAAGAGUCAGUCUAGAGCCCUAAUGGAAGAGUCAGUCUAGAGCCCUGAUGGAAGAGUCAGUCUAGAGCCCUGAUGGAAGAGUCAGUCUAGAGCCCUAAUGGAAGAGUCAGUCUAGAGCCCUAAUGGAAGAGUCAGUCUAGAGCCCUGAUGGAAGAGUCAGUCUAGAGCCCUGAUGGAAGAGUCAGUCUAGAGCCCUGAUGGAAGAGUCAGUCUAGAUUCCUUUUACAUUUUAGUCAUUUAUCAGACGCUCUUAUCCAGAGCGACUUACAGUUAGUGAGUGCAUACAUUUUCAUACUGGCCCCCCGUGGGAAACGAACCAAAAACCCUGGCGUUGCAAGCGCCAUGCUCUACCCACUGAGCUACAGGGGACCUGUACACACACACUGAAACGCACACACAGUCAGAUCCGUCUGAUUGAAGUUUGGAUGUUUUUUGUUUUUAACACUGUGUGUGUUUAGGAUCCAGAAGAUUCCUCGUCUCCUGGUCGCAGCAGCUGAUGGAUAUCUGUACCUCUAUAACCUGGACCCACAGGAGGGAGGAGAGUGCUCACUGAUGAAACAACACAGGUAA